AACACCGCACAUUUACACACAUUAUGGUCGGGGUAAAGCGCCGCGUCGAUACCGGCGACGAUCGCGAUGGCAAGCGGACGAAAACGAAGACCGCCGUGUCCGCGCCGACGAAGAAGAGUGGCUCGAAGUCGGCACCCGUGAAGUCCGCUAAGAAGUCCGACUUCAAGAAAGGGAGCGACAAGAGCGGAAAGAAGGAUAAGAAGGAGCUGAGCAGCAAAAAGGGCAAGAAGGUGCAGAAGGAAGAAUCCGAAGACGACGACGAGGAUGAGUUCGACUUGGAUGAUGUUGAGGAUUCGGAGAUUGAUGAGUUGGACGAGCUUGAGUCUGAUGGGGAUGAGGACGUUGAUAUGGGUGGUGUUGAGGAGGAGGAUGACGAGGAGGAAGAGGAGAAAGAAUCUAAGCCCUCGAAGGCGGCGGAUCCGAAUAAGUCUACAUCCCGCGAAUCGCAUAUCAAGCAGAAGGCGAUGCAGCAAGAACGCAAAGCCGCCAAGCCCAACGCCGACAUCAUCGCGAGAUCGAAGAAGCUCUGGGAGCAGUUGCGUCGGAAAUCCCACGUCCCGCUGGAGCAGCGGAAGAAGCUCAUCAAGGAGCUCUUUGAGAUCAUCACCGGCCGUGUCAAGGACUUUGUCUUCAAGCACGACUCGGUUCGUGUCAUCCAGACAGCCCUGAAAUAUGCCAACAUCGAGCAACGGAAACAGAUCGCGACCGAGCUCAAGGGUAGCUACUGCGAGCUCGCGCAGAGCCGGUACGCCAAGUUCUUGGUCGGCAAGUUAAUUGUUCACGGUGAUAACGAGAUUCGCGACCUGAUCAUCCCCGAAUUCUACGGACACGUCAAACGUCUGAUCCGACACCCCGAGGGAUCCUGGAUCCUCGAUGAUAUCUACCGUACGGUCGCGACGAAGCAACAGAGGGCCAACCUUCUCCGCGAGUGGUACGGACCCGAGUUCGUCAUCUUCAAGCAGGAGAACGGAACCGCCGAGCUUUCUGAGAUUUUGAAGGAAAGCCCCGAGAAGAGAGGACCUAUCAUGCACUUCCUGUUCGAACUCAUCAACCAGCUCAUCCAGAAGAAGACUUCCGGGUUCACGAUUCUACACGAUGCUAUGCUCCAAUACUACCUCAACGUGAAGGUCGGCAGCACGGAGGCCAAUGAGUUCGUGGAACUGCUCAAGGGCGAUGAGGAGGGAGAUCUUGUCAAGAACUUGGCAUUCACCAAGUCUGGUGCGCGGGUGAUGUCCCGGGCUCUGGCUUACUCGAACGCCAAGGACCGUAAACUUCUGACCCGAUUCUACCGUGACACGAUCAAGAUGAUGGCUGGUGAUCUUAAUGGACACAUGGUCCUCCUGACGGCCUACGAGGUUAUCGACGAUACCAAGCUUACCUCGAAAUUGGUUUUCCCCGAGCUUCUGAACCAAGGAAUGGACGCCGAGGCCCGGAACGAAGAGCUGCUCUGGCAAGUCACUGACCUCACGGCCCGUAUUCCCAUCUUGUAUCCCUUUGCUGGCGACCGCGCCAAGUGGCUUUUGCCGGAACAGGACCACGGGUUGUUGAAGGAGGUCCGCGAGAUCCGCUCGGAAACGUCGAAGAAAGAGCCCGAGGUCCGCCGACAGGAGCUGGUCAAGGCCGCAUCCCCCACUGUUCUCGAGUUCAUCGCCGCUCGUGCAGAUUCCCUGUUCGAGACAAGCUUUGGUUGCCAGUUUAUCUCCGAGGUCCUUUUCGAUGCUGAGGGAGACAAGAGCGCCGCUCUUGCAGCUGUGGCCGAGGCGGCCAAGUCGCGUGCGGACACCAAGGAGGCCCCGUUCGUGGGCCGUUUGUUGAAGUCGCUCGUCCAGGGUGGACGUUUCAACAGCGCGGAGAAGAAGGUUGAGAAGGUUCAGCCUCCCUUGAACUUCCACGAUUUGCUGUAUGAGCAGAUCCAGGGCGACAUCAUGUCCUGGGCCACCGGGUCAAAUACCUUCGUUGUGGUGGCUCUUGCCGAGUCGGACGACUUCACGAAGAAGGCGGAGCUGCUGAAGACGUUGAAGAAGAACAAGAAGGCCUUGGAGAAGGCCUCUUCCGAGACCAGCAAGGAUGGCAAGAAGGGCAGCCCGGCCAGCAGUGGUGCGAAGAUCCUUUUGGAGAAGAUUCGGUAGAUUGGCAGAGAAGCCAGUUCUACUAUCAUUUAAGGAUGCAUGACAUGUGUGUACUAUCGGCCGGUUGACUGCAAAAGCAUUGUCCUUUGGUGUUCAGUUUUAAUUUUUCCUAUUAUUUUCUUAUUUAUCAUACCGUGAGAUAUCUAUUCGUCUGUACAGGAUUUUGUGAUAAAUUAACCAGGAGCAAUGAGGCAGAGAAAAGUAUUCGAUGAUAUUCUUUUG